ACAGAUAAGGAUCGGGCAUCCCCUGAUUUUGUUCAAGAUUUACAAAAAAAAACACGUUGGAUUAGGAAGGAAACAAGGUAACGUGCAGGAUUCACCUAUCUUCAUUUCUUCAACUCCGCAAAUUUCAUCGCACCCAGCAGUUUUUUAGAAGAAAGAACAAGUUUUUAAGGUUAUUUCCGGUUCCAAUCGCUGUCUCUCGAAGGAUUUCUCCGACUGUCAGGGGAGAAGGGUCCAUCCGAAGAAUCUGCGGAUUGAUUUUGUGAAGAAUAAGGUUUAAUGGGAGGGAAAGGAUCGAAAGGGAGUUCAAGGAGGUCGUUCGGCGGAGGCUUUGGGGCAGUUGAUCGGUGGAGCCAAUACGGGACCUCGCCGUACAGCCAGCAGGAUCAGUACUACACGCCUCAGCAUCACUACGCGCCUCCUCCUUCCUCGUCUUCGUCGUCCUCUUAUGGUUACGGGGCGCCGACCCCUCCGCGCCAGAAGAGGCUUGAGAGGAAGUAUUCGAGGAUCGCCGACAACUACCGCUCCUUGGACGAGGUGACUGCUGCACUUGCCCAAGCUGGUCUCGAGUCUUCCAACUUAAUCGUCGGUAUUGAUUUCACGAAGAGCAAUGAGUGGACAGGUUCCAGGUCAUUCAACCGCAAAAGCCUUCACCAUAUUGGGAAUGAUCCCAAUCCUUAUGAAGAAGCAAUCUCUAUCAUCGGGAAGACUCUGUCUGCAUUCGAUGAGGAUAACUUAAUCCCUUGUUAUGGAUUUGGAGAUGCAACAACACAUGAUCAAGAUGUCUUCAGUUUCUACCCUGAAGAUAGAUUCUGCAUUGGUUUCGAGGAGGUUCUGACUCGAUACAGAGAAAUAGUUCCUCGCCUUCGGCUUGCAGGUCCCACAUCUUUUGCGCCUAUCAUUGAGAUGGCCACGACGAUCGUCGAGCAGAGCAGUGGCCAGUACCAUGUGUUGCUGAUAAUUGCUGAUGGACAGGUGACAAGGAGUGUCGAUACACAGACGGGCCAGCUCAGUCCACAAGAGCAGAAAACGAUCAAUGCAAUUGUCAAAGCAAGCAACUACCCUUUGUCGAUCGUUCUAGUUGGGGUCGGUGAUGGGCCUUGGGACAUGAUGAGGGAGUUUGAUGAUAACAUUCCUGCUCGGGCCUUCGAUAACUUCCAGUUUGUCAACUUCACGGAAAUCAUGUCCAAGAACACCAAUCCGUCACGGAAGCAGACAGAGUUUGCUCUGUCCGCACUAAUGGAAAUACCUUCUCAGUACAAAGCGACUCUCGAGCUUGGCAUAUUGGGCCAGCAAAAUGGGGCUUCACCGGACAGGAUCCCUCUUCCUCCACCUGUUUAUGGGUCCUCUUCAUUUAACAAUCGGCCAAAACAGCCGAGCCGCAUGAACAGCUUUCAGCAGAAUGAAACUCAACAUUAUUACAGUGGAUACAGCUCCCCGAUCAGCACUGCCCCUCCUGCAAGCACUUCUUAUGAUACUCAGAUUUGCCCAAUAUGUCUAGCUAAUCCGAAGGACAUGGCCUUUGGUUGCGGUCAUCAGACGUGUUGCGCGUGUGGUGAAGAUUUACAACUAUGUCCCAUCUGCCGUAGUUCCAUUCAAACCCGAAUAAGGCUUUACUGACAAUGUCCUCUGGGUUUAGGUGUCGACAAUAUUUUUUUGCGUCCCAUCAGUUAUGUACAGGAGAUAAAUUGCAGCUUACUCCCUUCAGAAGUUCGAUGGCUUUUUAGAGAAUCAUUCUAUAAGAUUGGACUAAAUGAGGAGGUUCAGGGGUUGUACAGCGUCAUCCGAAGCUUUGUUCUAUUAUUUCUUCGAAAAAUGGAUAUAUUCGAGUUAUGUUUUAUCGGGUAGCUCGAAGAGUGAAGUCACUGGUUAGCCUUAGCUUUCUGCUUCA